AUCCGCAUGGUGGACAAAAUCCAAAAUUAUGAAAUCUGCGUUUCCCAUAACAGAGCUUUUAGCUCGUUGGAAAGUGAAUCAUUUUCAGUCUUAUCGAUAUUUGGCAUCUGGCUUUAAAGGCAUUCAACGGAAAAGAAUUAAAAAGACAGAAAAUCAUGCGACUUUGCAGCAAAAUCGAUCAGAAGGUGUAAAUGACAGAGGACCAGUCAUCACAAGUCCCAAGCUGUUACCGAUAAUGUCUUACAAUCAGAUGAACACGCUUAGGAAAGCUCAGGCUCAUCGCAGUGUCCUCAUACAGGUUCCAGGAAAAUUCUCCUGCAACCAUGUUCAUCAGAUGUGCAGCAAUUUUGGGAAAGUCAACAAAAUGUUUUAUGACAGUCAUGUCAAGGAUUACAUGCUUAUCGAAUUUGAAGACCGAGAGUCUCUUCAAAAUUUACUGGCAGGUGCUGAUCACUUUUCCAAUGCUGAUGUCCCAACACAGACCCGAGUGCUGUAUCUAAUCAACCCGGGCUUGGAUAAUAAAGCGACACCAACUGUCCCCGUUCAGUUUGACAGAACAAAGGGAGUCAAGAUGACAGAUCUUCAGAAUGCAUCAUCUGUUACAGAGCAGCUGCAAAUGUUUUACCAAGGUGAACGUCUCACAGAGCUUGGAACGCGGUUACGAUUCUUCUUAUGUACCUUACUGGAGGAUUCACUGUCUAGUCUUCUGCCUCAUGUACAAGUCAUACCAUUUGGCUCAUCUGUGAAUGGUUUUGGGAAACAUACAAGCGAUUUAGAUAUGAUUCUAGAUCUUGGGAAGACACCAUCAAUGGCUAAAAAGAUUAGCAAUCUCAAGUACAUGACGAAAAUGCCUGGUGACAAUGAUCGACACUUUGUUCAACGAACUCUCGGCGUUGUUGGCGAUAUCCUCAAAGUCUUCCUACCCCAUGUGAUGCGUGUCGAGAAGAUCCUGGAGGCCCGCGUACCCAUCAUUCAUUUCUUUCACGAAGGACUCAACGUGUACUGUGAUCUUACCCUCAAUAAUCUGUCAGGGCUACAGAUGUCUGAGAUUCUUUACAAUGUCGGGGCCUACACCCCUCAAGUACACCCCUUAGUGUUCAUCCUCCAGAAGUGGGCCAGCCUAAACCAGCUUACUUUGAAUCGUCCCGGGCCCAGGUUUUCAAACUUCAUGUUGAUGUGUAUGAUUUUGUUCUUCCUGCAGUCACGGAAACCGUCAGCUUUGUUGCCUUUAAAAAGGUUUAUAACUAAUGGUGCUACGUCAAAUAAUCCGUCCAUUCUUCAAGAUGUAUCUCCGCUACCAGUAUCUCAAAAUACACAAGACUUAGGUGAACUACUGAUGGAAUUCUUCCAGUUUUAUUCUACGUUUGAUUUCACAAAUUUUGGACUUUCAAUACUUCAUGGACGGAAAAUUCCAAAGACUGAUGAUGGUGCUAUGCAGAUAGAAAACCCAUUUGAAUUAGGACAUAAUGUGACUGCCAACGUACGAUUAAAAGAGUUAGAUUACUUGCAAGCUUGUCUCCGGACUGCCGCAACAAAAUUAGAACAAAACUGGACGAAGACGCCAAAGCCAUGGGGUGUCAUGAGCUUGAUUGACCAGCACACUUUACGGAAUGACGUUAGUGUAGGGUUCAGGGUGAAAGAGUUGUACACCAAGUCAUGAUGAUGGUGGUGCAUGUAUAGGGGCCUGUAAAAUGUAUGUUAGGCUUGGCAAGAACAGUUACUGCUGUGGCCGUUUUGCAAUGCAUUUGAAGUUUUGAUUCAGAAGGUGGAUUUCUGUUGGCCAUGUCCCCUCUCAGUUUUCUCAAGAUGAUGCCAAGGCUAGCACUCGUCAUAGAGCUACUGUGUAAGAGCACAUGCCUGUUUGGAAAUUCAUUCAAUGUGUUAUGAAUCAAUGUGAAACAUACUAAGUCAAUAAGAGAACUUGAUUGGCCAAUUAUGCUCCUAGUCCUAGUAAGGAGGGUAGUGUUAUGUUUGUCUUAUUUGAAUAAA